CAUCCUGGUCUGACAUAAACUGGUAUCUCAUUCCGAAUCAGGUUCUCUGCAUGGUCGACAGGGUGCCUUAUAUUGAAAUGUGGCUAUUGGUCCGUGUCGUACCCAGUGUUACAGCAUAAUAACGACACAAGCUUAAGUCAGCGGUGAAUACAGCCCACACGAGGGCUGCCAAUGGCUGGGACAACGACGUAUUAUAUGGACGUGUAAACGUAGAUCGGGUCCUACAGAAGUGACAGUUUUAGUCGUGAGGGGUGGAUCAGUAAUCUUGUCACUGGAGAUGAAAAGGCCAUUUGGGCAAUACGCAAGCUGAAAUCCACAGUUACAACUGGUAUAUAUCCUCACUGUGUUGACAUGGAUGUUCCACUUACAGUCGUGUUGUUCGCCUGCGGAUGUAUUACAUAUACAGUGGGUUCCUCCACUCUGCAGCUGACAAGUUAUCCAUCAACAGCAUCACCAGGCCAGCCGUACACCUUGAUGUGUAGCAGUAGUGGCAGCAGUGGCAGGAGUAGAGAGUGGUACUGGAGGAAUGAUAUAAUCUUCCGUACACGUUAUGUGUCAGACACACAAUGUGCACUAGAUAUAGUUAACAAUGACAAAUAUACUGAGUAUCUGUCAGGACGUGUCAAUGUCAGCUGCAGUAACAACCUGUACAAUGUGACUCUCAGGGUGAACACUUCCAUAGAUAAUGGAUCUGUCUGGUGGUGCGUGGAUAGUGAGGGUAGUCAAGGUAGACUGGAGAGCAACAGAUGGACGAUACACGUAUCAACAACUACUACAUCAACUACAACUGCUGCAGCUAGUACAGCUACAUCAACAACAAUUUCGGCCACAGCUAUUACAUCCCCGUCUGAUAUGACGGGAAGCAGUUCUCCCCACGAAGGAGGUGCAGGUAAUGAAGUUGUCUACAUUGCUGCUGGUGUAGGGGGAGGUGUUGCAGUCACCAUUGUCGUCGUCGUCACUGUUCUGUGUAUACGAAGACAGAGACGACGUUCUGUCAGUAAAACCAGGACGUGUGACCACAAGAACGGGCAAUCACAUACCUACUACAAUGAAGAUCAUGACUUACAAGGACAAGACAUCGACGACAAAAUUGUCGUUGAAAAUGAUAUUUAUGAGACUUCAAAUGACGUCACAUCACCCAAGCAGCCUUCAACAAAUGACCAUGUGAUCACAGAUCUUUACGCACAAGUGCAGAAACACAAGAAAAGUAAGCCAGGGCCUACAGUUAAACCUAACGACACCAGUGUGGAGGAUCUGUACGCCAAGCCUGACAAAACAAAGAAACGCAAAGACUAAUGGAAGUACAUUUGUGAAUCAUCAGGAAAUGUUGAAGAUACACAGAAAGUAAAUGUCAUAGUGUCCCCAAUAUAGGUCAUGAACGGGUGGAAUUUGACUUGACAAUGUGUUUUUGUAGCCAAAUGAAUAUAAUUACGCAUGUGGCAAGUGACUAUUUCUGUGUUCUUUCAGAGUUUGGAAUGAGUGUGCUCGAAAUGGACAGUCAAGUGAAAUGCCACAAUUCAGAAUACGGAAUAUACUGUAAAUACAUUCCUCAGCUGCAGCAGAGUA